GAAUAAAAUGUAGUAAGUAAAAUGGUAGCUCAAAACUACAAAAGGUAAAUAGCGCCUAUCUACAUCACUGAGGAAAUUGUUAAAUAUAACUCAAACUACUUAAUUGUAGUAAGUAAAAUAUUCCGUUAACGAAAAAAAACAGGAGACACGAAGAACUAAGUGAAAAACAGUUAAUUCAUUCAGUCAAUUUUUGUGACAUGGUACAGAAUUGAAAUCAACUAUGAUACUGAUCAAGUCCGUUACAGGCAGCCAAUCGAUCAUGAUUAUACAAACACUAACCUGAAGAGACACUUGCAUAUAACAAACAGGAAAGUAGUUACAUCAGUGACUAGUAAGAAACCUCUUCCUGUAGCUGCAAUUUAACGGAGCUAUAUCUUGUAUGUGCUACAGGAUAGACUGACUAGAGCAGUGGAGAGGAAGUCUCAUGCAGAUAACCUCUUUCUAGCUUUUUCGGCCUGAUCUAUAGCGAUUUUUCAACUAAAGGAUAAGUUGCCUGGUACUUCCACAUAGAUGAAUAUCUACUAAUUCAACCACUCCUGUGGAGAAAACUAGAUUGGGCGCACUGCCAGACAGCUGAGCUAACAAGUUAGUGGACACCUCCCUUCAUGGUUAGGAAAGGGUACCGUCAAGACAAUACGCAGAUCUGUCCUAUCACGCCUGAUCGAUAGCGGUCAUGUAUUAGACAGAAAUAGUUCAUUUAAAGUAACUUAUUGUAUUUCUACUAGUUUACCACAUGCGGUUCGACCUCGCAUCUUACACAUUGCAGAAGCUAUAGGAAUUCAAGCCAACAAUCCAAGUCUUCGUAUUCAUAAGAGAUUUUCAACAAAUUUAUCUCUUCCUUGACCUUAAUAAAUGAUUUUUUAAAUUAUUAUUUUCCAUACUCUGUUUUCUUUACCCCCUCCCAUCUAUUUUUCCCAAAUAUGUGCUUCAUUGUCCAAUUAUCUGAACGCUUCUUAUUACACAAUCUUAUAGUUUUAUGAAGGUUAUUUCAGCAUUUAUGUUUUUUCAAACCACCAAACUAAUCCCCAUUAUGAAACAUGGAUCCGAGCCUUUAUUAUUCCCAUAAAAAAUUAUUCCUUUGUCAAGUUUUUCAUUCCUUUGUCAUCACAUAAUCAAUUUGUAGCUUCUACUUAUUAUGUUUAUUUAUAUGAUCUAUUUCACUGUUAUCAGUAACUCAUAAACUGCCUGUUAUAUCUAGGGCUUAGAUACUCGAUAUACCGCGUACAACUUGAGAACUCGAACAUUAGAACACUCCACGUCACAAAAAAGAAGAGAGAAGACGAGUGAGAAGGAAUGCUAUUCCAAAACCCAAACAGUAUUAAGUAUGGUAUAAAACUCUCAGGUAUUUAUGGUUUUUAGUAAAAGCGAAAUCAUCAUUAUAGUCAUAAAAUCCACAUACAGUGGUUUUUAGAAUUUGUUCAAUAGGGAAGCUACACGUACCUGGGAAGCUUAGUCGAUGAACAAGGAGGAUCGGAUGCAGACGUAAAGACGAAGAUUGGCAAGGAAACGACAACAUUCCUACAAUUGAAAAACAUAUGGAACUCAAAACAAAUGUCUGUCAACCAAUAUCAAAGUCACAGUCUUCAGUAAGAACGUCAAGACAUUUCUACUAUACAGAGCUGGAACUUCGUGAACUACUACAACCAUCAUCAAAACAGUACAAGUAUUUAUAAAUAGUUGUCCAUGCAAGAUAAUCUACAUCCAUUGACCGGAUAUCAUCAGCAACAGCCUUGUGUGUGAGAGAAAAACCAGCUCCCAGCUGAAGAGGAAAUUAGGAAAAGAUGUUGGAAGUGAAUAGGAUAUCGUCAAACUGCACAACGAGGCAAGCCCUAACUUUAAGUCCUGAAGGAAAGCGGAAAAGUGGAAGGCCAAACAACACAUAACGUCGGGAAAUGGAAGCGGACAUAGAAAGGAUGUAUAGCAACUGGAAACAACUGGAAAAGAUUGCUCAGGACAGUGUUGGAUGAAGAAUGCUUGUGUUCGGCCUAUGCUCCUCCACGAGUAGUAACAGGCGUAAAAAGAAUAUUCAUCAAAUGUUUCUCAUCAACCCAGUACAAUGAACAACUCUAUCAAAGUAUCACAAAAGUCUUAUGAUUCUCUUCAAUCAUCAUUAUCAUCAUUAUCAAAUAAGCCAAAAUUAUCCCAAAAAGAAAUUAAUAAAAUUAUUGAACGUUUAACGAAAUAUGAUAAAACAAUUGGACCGCCUGAAUCAAAUAAUGCAAAAAUCUAUUUAGGUUAUGGAAGAUAUGAAUAUCCACAUAGAAAAAAUAUAAAUAAAGUAUUUAAACAUUUAACUAGAACAGAGAUAGAUAAUUUAAUUGAAAGAUUAACUAAUGAAAAAUUACCAAACCUGCCAAGUACUAACUCCUUUACAAAUUCUAUUUCAUAUAUGAAAUGUAACGCCAAUAAAUUACAAGAAAUCAUUGAACAUUUAACAAGUGAUAAUCUAUCUAAACUUCCUAUAGAAUCAACAUUAGCUAGAAAAUAUCUUGAUUUUAAUCGUUAUGAUUAUGGUUGUUCAUUAAAAAGUCAAAUUAGACCAAUAAUGAAAAAAUUAACUAAAAAAGAAAUUCAUCAUGUAAUUGAACGUUUAACCCAAUAUGAUAUUAAUAAAUAUCCACCAGAAUCUAAUGGACAUAUGAUUAAGAAAUGAUGAAGGCGAAGAUUAUUUAUUUAGUUACUAACUUAGUUAUAUUCUACUCAAUUGUAAUACAAAAUCAUUCUAUCACUGUCUGUUUUAUUCAUGAAUAAAAAUGGUAUUGUUAUGACUUUUGUGUUCGGCUAAUUAUCACAUGAUUUAUCUAUCAAUCAAAAUACAACUUAUACAAUCUUGGCACUAUGCCAAACCAAUGACGUUUGACCGGUAUGAGCAGCCUAGCGUCAUAUUUGGUCUUAUAUCUGCUUAAUCCGUCCACUUGAGUCCAGAACACUAAUACCAGCUUCCAAUAUGCGAAUCGAAUCGAAUCAUUUAUUUCAAACAUACUGGGUUUAUAGAUCAAACAAACAGACCGCAACGCACCAUAAAAUAGGAAAUAACAUUCGUACGCAAUAAAGCCAAAAAAUGGCUGUGAACGUGAGAGGCAGUAGUCAAUAAACUGAACAUAACUUAAGAACAUUAAAUCAUAUCAUAAUAGUUUAUAGGUCAAAAUAAAGCUUACAGUAAGGGGAAUAUAAAUAAACAUAACCUAAUUAUUAAAUAGUUAUACCAUAAGAAUGUAUAGAUGAUAUUAGUCCAUUAAUAGGUCUCAGAAGUUACUCGUGAUUUAAUCUUCGCUCGGAUAUAACAGGUAUAUUAUAAUUAUUAUUGUAGUAUUGCUAUAUUUCAUAGUUAGAUAUCGUUUCCUCUAAAUGUCCUGGUACGGUUGAGAGUGGGAAGAGUCUGCUUUUCCUUUCCGAAUGCUCUCAAAUGAUCACAUGUAUAUAGUUACUGACAAGGAAAUCCUAUUCAUUGCUUUCUCGUGAUGGGGCUAAUGUUUAAGAAAUUGAGAAAAUGAAAAGUGAAUAUCCGACAGUUUAAUUGGAUUGGUGAAUAUUCAGGAUCCAUAUAGGGGAGUCGGAAAAACCUGAUUUCAAACCAAAUAGUACACAUGGGCUCCAGAAACCUGG